UUCAGACAUAUCCCUGAGAUCGCCGGAAGCUUCCCGGCUCCCGCGACGAGAUAUUCACGCUCUCUUUGUUCGUGUUGUUUGUUCUUUGCUGUUUCCGGCGAGUUUUCCCUUUGGGUCUCUGGAAAAUUUCCUCGAAUUGCUUACUAGAACCGUCUUUUUCUCUCAAUCGCGUGAUUGUUCAUUGAUUCGCCAUUCUCUUCUUCCAUAUCGCGAUUAGGGUUUCGAUUUGAUUUUGUCGAAAAGGCUCUCUGGGUUCGAUUCCCUCGGCGGUGAGAGUGCUGAUUUUGUGUGUUCGAAGAUCGCCGACGGCGACUUUACGUUGAAGAAGGAUUUUUUCCGGCGAAUAUCCUGCGUUGUUUCCCCCGAAGUGAAGCUGAUUCACAAGAUCCAUAUCGAUCUAAUCCGAUCAAAGAAAUGUCGAAAUUCAGAGACAGAAUGGAGGAUUUCAAGGAUUCUGUCAGGAAAUCCGCCGUUUCCAUGGGUUAUAACGAGUCGAAACUGGCGGCAACAAUGGCGUCUUUCAUCAUACAUAAGACGAAAGAAAGGUCACCCUUCACGAAAGCGUCUCUGAAAACGCUGGAAAGCAUCAAGGAGUUGGAACAGUUUAUGUUGAAGCAUCGGAAGGAUUACGUCGAUUUGCAUCGAACCACUGAACAAGAAAGGGAUAGCAUUGAACAUGAAGUUACCAUUUUUAUUAAAGCAUGCAAAGAACAGAUUGAUAUUCUCAAGAACAGCAUAAGCAACGAAGAGACGAACUCCACGAGCUGGCUUGGCCUUAAGGCCGAUAGCUCCAACGCUGAUACUAUCGCACACAAACAUGGAGUGGUUUUGAUUCUGAGUGAGAAACUUCACUCAGUCACUGCACAGUUUGACCAGCUCAGAGCCAUCCGAUUCCAAGACACGAUAAACCGGGCAAUACCCAGAAGAAAACCUAAAAGAGUUGCCAAUUCGGUUCAGCCAGAUGCUGCAAGCUCGAGAAAUCUUGAGUCCCGAGAACCAGAAGAACUUCAGAGCCAGCCUCUUAGAGUCCAGCAAGAACUUCUAGAUGAUGAAACACGAGCUCUUCAGGUAGAGCUAAGUAAUCUUCUAGAUGCAGUUCAACAGACCGAGACUAAGAUGGUGGAAAUGUCUGCACUGAACCACUUGAUGUCAACUCACGUUCUACAACAAGCGCAACAGAUUGAGUUUCUGUACGAGCAGGCGGUUGAAGCAACGAAGAACGUAGAGCUCGGGAACAAAGAGAUUUCACAAGCGAUCCAACGGAACAGCAGUAGCAGGACCUUUCUCUUGCUGUUUCUGUUUGUUCUCACCUUCUCGAUCCUGUUCUUGGAUUGGUAUAGUUAAAUAUGCCACAUUGAUCUCUCUUUUAGUUAAAGUUGCUCUGACCGAAAAUGCAAGCAACUUCGUGUACGUACAUUGAUGUGAGAGAGACUAGGAAAAUGCUCCGACAACAUAUAUGUAACUUUGUAUUCAGAUCACUAGGUUAUGAUCUUUUUGUCAAGGCUGGAUGUGGGUUUCCGGAUUUAA